GAGAGAGAGAGAGCCAUGGGCAAUCCGCCAAACGCUGACGAAAGCUGCUUAGUGCAACCAGUUGCCAUGGAUACAGUCAGGGGCAGCACCUUGUGUGUGAGAAAAAAAGAGAGCGAGAGAGAGAGAGGGAAAACCAACAGGCAAGCAUCAGACAGAACCAGUGAGGAAGUGAGAGAACACCAAGCUGCAGGACAGAGAGAGAGUGAGAGAGACAGAGGGAGCGUGAGAGAGAGAGACAGAGAGAGACAGCCAGAGCAAAAUAGUGAUAGAGUGAUAGCUAGAAGAUGGAGGUUCAGUCAGAAUGCAUUGAGCCUCCUCCACCUCCAUGCGAUCCCCAGCCGCCAGGGAAGAUCAACAAAGCAGCCUUCAAGCUGUUCGGAAAACGACGCUCCGGAAUGGCUGGAUUCUUCUCUUUCAGGAACAAAGGGGUCAACAGGAACGGGAAUUCUGUGAAUGUGAAUUCUGUGGGGGCUACUAACGAGCUCGUCAGGAGUAAAACGCAUGGCGGACUAACGAGCUUGGAACCAGACGGACAGAGAGGGGAGGAGUCCGGAAUAUCAGAGGCGGGACAGGUGAGGUCUCUCAGCAAAUCACUGAGCUUCUUUUCGCUGCUCAGACGAGGAAGUGUGAGAGUCAAUGAGAAUACAGGGUUUGGGAGAAGGGGGAGGGGUUUAAAAGGCUUCUUCAGUAGUAUGAAAUGGCGGCGGAAGGAGAACGUGAUGGUGGGAGAGGGGGAGGUAACGGAGGUGAGAGAGGGGGAAGUGAUUCUAACAGAAGAAGUGAAAGAAAUCACUCUGACCCUCGAACCCCAGCCCCGCCCGCUCCUGGAGGAUCAUGGUAGCUCGGAGGCUGAGAAAAACACAGAAUCGGCAGGAACCUCUCCCUCCAACAACGCCACGACACCACUUACGCAAUCAAUCGCCUUGACGACAAACCUGUCAGAAUCCCUCUAUACGCCAUCCCCCUCCCCUCUCCGCACCGUUCUCCACUCAAAACCCAAAACGUCAAUUUCCUCUGUAACGGCCAUCCCCCCUCUGGAUCAGUGUGACCCCCACUCCGAACCCUCAGUGGACCGGCUCUGUUCAGUCCUCUUCACUGACGUCACUUCACUCAAGAGCUUCGAUUCACUGACGGGGUGCGGUGACAUCAUCGCAGACGCAGAGGAGGAGGGGGCAGGAAACGGGGGAGGAGGAGUAGGAAGUGCUACUAGCAGUAGCACUAGUAGUGGGGAAGGAGGAGGAGGAGGAGGAGUACGAAGCUCCAUUAAUACCCAUGUCACCCCUUCUACCUCUACCUCCGCAACUGCCUCUACCCCUGGCCCCCUCCCUGCCAGAGCACGGUUGAUGCCCUCUCACUCUGCCCCGACUCAGCAGCCCUCUGGCAGCGGCGUGGUGGCCUACAUGGGGGGUGGGGAGGAGAUGGCCAGCCCUGACGGGGUGGAUGACGCAGACAUGCAGGGGCUCUGGCACAUGCUCCCCUCUAGGGGAGAAAACUCCCCCACUUUCCUCCGAUCCAACUCUCACCUGGCUCCCCCGAGGGGUACAGAGCGGAAAUUCACCCAGGUCAAGUCUCUGGGACUCAGCAAGAUCCCUGUAGUGGGGGGAGGAGGGGGAGGAAGGGUGACUAAACUCCCCACUCACGCCGCUUGCCAAACCUCCUCUCCCAAUGAGAAGGAGACUAAGGAGGAAGUCCCACCCCAACAGGAUGUCCCGGCUCUUAGGGAUGAGGGCUACUGGGAUACGCCCUCUGCAACCCCCACGGCAACGCCUGACAACGGCUUCCUGCGGAACCAGAGGCUUGGCCUAUUGUGUGACAGCUGCUCUGGCGAUGCGCUCUACGACCUCUACAAUGAGGAAUUGGAAAGAUCUGAUGACGAGGAAGAAGAUCUGAUGAGUACUCCUUCCACCUCCGCAUGUGAGUACAAACUCAGCCCUCUGGCCCGGACUACUCCUCCUUUCUCCUCCUCCUCUUCCUCUUUCCACUCGAUGAAGGGAAGCACUAGCCUUCCCCGCGAGUCCAAAAUCCCUCUUAGUGUCAGACAGACCACACCCCCUCACUCUGUGAGCCAAUCAGCUCUUUCCUUUGUCCACGCAACCGCUCCUCCCUCUGACACACCCACCCAUGCCCCUAUCCCAGCCCGGACCAGAAUCCCUGUCUCCAAGGUGCCAGUCCGUCGCCCUGGGAACAAGGCCGGCAACGCUACACAGGGGCCAGCCCCCAGGAAGUAGCUUUGGACCAGGCAGCCAUGAACUUUGGUGUCUUUGGACUGAACCUGUGUACACCAUCACUGGUCUUAUGUUUAAGACUUUGCUGGACUGGUGGGUUGUGGAAGGCAUCAGACAAUGAUAGACAGAAGAGCUCUAAGCAACACUCCCAUUGGAUCCUAGUGGGUCACAACAAAACUAAAUAAUCUUUGGGUGGCAAAGAAAGUUUGACAUACUUUAACCACUGGAGGUGUGUACAACAUCACUGGAGGUGUGUACAACAUCACUGGAGGUGUGUGUACAACAUCACUGGAGGUGUGUACAACAUCACUGGUCGUGUGUGUACAACAUCACUGGUCGUGUGUGUACAACAUCACUGGUCGUGUGUGUACAACAUCACUGGUCGUGUGUGUACAACAUCACUGGAGGUGUGUACAACAUCACUGGAGGUGUGUACAACAUCACUGGAGGUGUGUACAACAUCACUGGAGGUGUGUACAACAUCACUGGAGGUGUGUACAACAUCACUGGAGGUGUGUGUUCAACAUAACUGGUUGUGUGUGUACAACAUCACUGGAAUUAUGUGUAUGGGAAACAUAUAUAUUAUGUGUAUAAGAAACUUGGCAACUCUUCAAGUGGGGGAAGAGAGCGCACAGAAAAGUUUGGGAUCCACAUUUUUAGAGAACUCUUAUCGCUUCCUGAACAGAUUUUUUC